AUGUCACGGAGUAAGAUUGGGGACGAGACUGACACUUCUCUCUUUGAUUUUUUCAAGUCUCGUUACGGAGGGGAAAAGUCCCAGACGUUUUUGGAUGCUCGAAGGUGUUUUAUCGAGAGCAUGGCCGCCUACAGUGUCUUUUGCUAUUUGUUGCAAGUCAAAGACAGACAUAAUGGGAAUAUUAUGAUUAGUGAUCAGGGUCACGUCAUCCACAUUGGUGGAAUAUGUAUUUUAACCGCAGAUUUUGGAUUUUUGUUUGAGACUUCUCCUGGGGGGAAUUUGGGAUGGGAACCCGACUUUAAACUCACUGAGGAAAUGCUUCAAAUAAUGGGCGGUCGAGCUGACUCGCCUCAUUUCCAAUAUUUCACUGAGUUGUGCAUAAAAGCCUUUCUGGCUAUCAGGUUAUGUUUGUGUUUAUUGUGUAGGCCAUAUACGGACUCUAUUCUGACACUGGUCACGCUGAUGACCGAUAGUGGAUUCCCUUGCUUUCGAGGGAAUUCAAUCCGUCUCCUAUCGAGUCGACUGAGUGCAAACUUGUCGUAUCGUGGGGCUGCUCAGCAUAUGAAAAAGAUUAUAGAUAAUUGCUUUCUUAGUAUUCGCGCUCGUACAUACGAUGUUAUGCAAUAUGUUCAGAACAGGAUUGCUUAUUGA